GGGCGGAGCGGGGGCCGCCUGCGGCGCGGCGGGGCGAGGAAUCCGUUCAGCUCCAUCCCCCGGCGUAGUCCUCCCGUCCCGGCCCCUGAGGAAGGAGCGGCGCCGCGCUCGCUUCCAGCACCGCCAUGUCCGGCCAGAGCCUCACCGACCGCAUCACGGCGGCUCAGCACAGCGUGACCGGCUCGGCGGUCUCUAAAACCGUCUGCAAGGCCACGACUCACGAGGUCAUGGGGCCCAAGAAGAAGCACCUGGACUAUUUAAUCCAGUGCACAAAUGAGAUGAAUGUGAACAUCCCACAGCUGGCAGACAGUUUGUUUGAAAGAACUACCAACAGUAGCUGGGUGGUGGUCUUCAAAUCUCUCAUCACAACCCAUCAUCUAAUGGUGUAUGGAAAUGAGCGCUUUAUCCAGUAUCUGGCGUCCAGAAACACGUUGUUUAAUUUGAGCAACUUCCUAGACAAAAGUGGAUUGCAAGGCUAUGACAUGUCAACAUUUAUCAGGCGAUAUAGCAGAUACCUGAAUGAAAAGGCAGUUUCCUACAGACAGGUGGCUUUUGACUUCACGAAAGUAAAAAGAGGCGCUGAUGGAGUAAUGAGAACAAUGAGCACAGAAAAACUCCUAAAAACUGUACCAAUUAUACAGAACCAAAUGGAUGCACUUCUUGACUUCAAUGUCAAUAGCAAUGAACUUACAAAUGGUGUAAUUAAUGCUGCCUUCAUGCUUCUCUUCAAAGAUGCCAUUAGACUGUUUGCGGCAUAUAACGAAGGGAUUAUUAACCUCUUGGAAAAGUACUUUGAUAUGAAAAAGAACCAGUGCAAAGAAGGCCUUGAUAUAUAUAAGAAGUUCCUUACUAGAAUGACACGGAUCUCAGAGUUCCUCAAAGUUGCAGAGCAAGUUGGAAUUGACAGAGGAGACAUACCAGAUCUUUCCCAGGCACCAAGUAGCCUUCUUGAUGCUUUGGAACAACAUUUAGCUUCUCUAGAAGGAAAGAAAAUCAAAGAUUCUACAGCUGCAAGCAGGGCUACCACCCUUUCCAAUGCAGUUUCUUCCCUUGCAAGCACUGGCCUGUCUCUCACAAAAGUUGAUGAAAGGGAAAAACAAGCUGCAUUAGAGGAAGAACAGGCUCGCUUGAAAGCUUUAAAGGAGCAACGUCUAAAAGAACUUGCAAAGAAACCUCAUACCUCUUUAACAACUGCAGCUUCUCCUGUGUCAACUGCAGCAGGAAGCAUAAUGACUACACCAGCCAUUGAUAUUUUUUCUACUCCUAGCUCUUCAAACAGCACUUCAAAGCUGCCAAAUGAUCUGCUUGAUUUGCAGCCAACUUUUCAUCCAUCUGUACAUUCAAUAUCUGCUGCUCCACAAGUAGGAAGUACCUGGGGAGAUCCUUUUUCUGCUACUGUUGAUAAUGUUGAUGAUGCCAUUCCAAACCUAAAUCCUUUCCUUACAAAAACUAACGAUGCUGCUCAUCUGUCUGUGUCUUCUGAUGUUUCUACUUUCACCAGUAGGACACCCACACAUGAAAUGUUUGUUGAUCAUUACAAUCCAUUCACAGAACUAAAUCCCUUUGUGGCAACCAAAUAUGAAUCCACUGUUGGGCUGUAUCAUUAUUCUUCAGAUUCUUUUUGUGGUCCUCAAGCGUACCCUAGUGCUUCUCAUUUCCGCAAUGAGCCUUCUUCUGUAGCUGGUCUCUUUGGAGGGUUCACUCCUUCCCCUGUUGCUCAACCACAGCCAUCAGCUGGCCUUAAUGUUGACUUUGAGUCUGUGUUUGGAAACAAAUCUUCUAAUGUUGUCCUAGAUUCUGGUGGCUUUGAUGAAUUAGGCGGUCUCCUAAAACCAACAGUGGCCUCCCAGAACCAGAGUCUUCCAGUUGCCAAAGUACCACCUAACAAGUUAGUGUCAGAUGAUCUGGAUUCGUCUUUAGCCAAUCUUGUAGGCAAUUUGGGCAUUGGAAAUGGAACUACUAAAAAUGAUGUAAAUUGGACUCAACCAAGUGAAAAGAAACUAACAGGUGGUUCCAACUGGCAACCCAAGAUCGCACCUACGACUGCGUGGAAUGCUCCAACACUGAAUGGCAUGCAUUUUCCACAAUACGCACCACCUGUAAUGGCAUAUCCUGCCACAACGCCGACAGGAAUGAUGGGCUAUGGGAUGCCAUCACAGAUGGGAGGUAUACCAGUAAUGACACAGCCAACAUUAAUAUACAGCCAGCCAGUCAUGAGACCACCAAAUCCUUUUGGCCCUGUACCAGGAGCACAGAUUCAGUUUAUGUAACUGUUAGAUGGAAGAGAAAAGAACGUUUCCAAAUAGAUGUGCUCACCAGUAAGCCCCCACUUCCAGGAAAAAAAAAACAACUUCAGUCUGUCAAGCUCUCCUCUUCCACUGAAUGACGCAGUGAAAUGAUGAAGACCAAUGAAGGAACCUGGGACAACUCCAUAGGAAAGCAUCAGCAUCCGAGGCAAAGCCAAAGCUUGCCAUGAGUCAAGGCUAAGAUCCUGGUUUUGUCCUGGUGACUAACAGGUCGAUACUUUCAGCUUCUAAUAAUACCCGUAAUCGUAACGUACAAAGAGAAGUCUGUAUUCUGGAAAUUGCAAUUGGUGUUUGGAAGUGCAGUGUGGAAUGGAGACGUGUCCUUUACCGUAACGCAAAACAAGACUCUGUGGGGAGGGGAGGGUCCAGUCCUAACUCUUAAUUCUGCAGUUACCUUUUCUUCAGUCCUCACAAACGUAGGCACAGCAGUAAUGAAAAUUAACUUUUUUAAAAAAUUAUAUAUUCAGUUUGCAGUAGACAUUCCUUAUGUAUUAUUGUUUGUAUUUAUUUAUGAUUAUCAAUUUAACAUUAAUAUUGUAUCAAAAAAAACUCCUUAUGAAAAUGAGUAUGGAUGUAUACAGUAUGUCUGAUUUUUAUCCACAAAGAAUGAAUCUGAUUCAGAAUGCUUUUCAGCUGACAUACAGAGCACUAAAUAUUUUAAAGGUCUGAAUCUAAUGAAUUCUCAGCAUAUAUGGGAAUUAGGGAAGAGCUGUAAAAUGCAUUAAUCCUUAUAGUCAAUUCUGUGCCUAGGAUUUUGCAAGGGAACAGUUAACUGACUAGAAGAAGCACUACAUUUUUAAUUCAGCAUUAGUGCGUUGGGAAGGAACUUUAUUGCUUUGUGCUUGGCAUGUCAUUAUUUUUACAUUUGACAUUAUAAGGCCUUUCCAAAUGAAUGUGAGGAAUUGCUUUCACUUUAAGACUUUCCUUCUUCUCUGUAACAAUUGAGGUGUUGCGUGUCGGGGUGGGGGGAAGCCUUUUCGUUUGGCGAGUGCCAUGUUUUGAUCACAUACCUUUUCAAAGCAAAAAGGGGAAGCAGCCUCCUGACAGGCGUCGAGCUGGAAUUUAGUUAAUGAAGAAUUUAAGUAGCGCUGUUGAUCGGUGCUUUGUGUAAAUACAUCAUAACUUCUGGGUAGAGAGGGGCCUUCGGAAGGAUAGUCAGUGAUAUGAAAGCAAUUCUGUACAUGAGUUAAGCAUACUUGCUGCAUUGUCUCUGCAGAUUCUAUUUUUGUUUAAAAUAUUAAAAUGUACGUUAGCAAAAAUGGGUGGAUUUUCAAAUAAAAUGCAGCUUCCACAGAAUUUUGUUACGGUA